AUGGCCGCUGCGUUUGUGCCGUGGUGCGUGCCAGGGGCGGCGCUCGGCGCGCUGCUCGCGCGGGACGAGACGCUUGUCGCGUCUCAGGCAGGCGUUGGCAUGUACGACGGCGACCAAAAGGUGCCGUCGAUGAACGACGGCACGCUUGUGCUCACGACGCACCGACUUGUGUACGUCGACGCACGCCUGCCGCGCACCAACUCCGUCUUUGUGCGCCUCGCGUGGAUCAAGCAAACGGAGCACUACGCGGGUUUUCUGCGCAGCAGCCCGAAAAUUACGCUGCUCGUGCGCGUGCAGGCGGCGGCGCGCCGGGCGGAAUGGACGUGCGCGGUGUGCGGCACGGUGAAUGUGCCGCGCCCCGACGAAGCGCGGUGCGGAGUGUGCGGCGUUGUGGUUGUGGAAAAAGAGCAGGUUGCAUGCCGCGCGUGCACGUACCUCAACGACGUGCAGCGCACGCAGUGCGAAAUGUGCGAGACGGAUUUGGGCGAUGCGCCGCACACGGUGAAAUUCAGUUUCCGGCGGGGCGGCGACGCGCCGUUUUACGCGGCGCUGCGCGAUGCGCUGCAGACAAAGCCAUGGGCACACGAAUGGGUGCGUGCCGGUGGGAUCGAUGGCGCACUGCGUGCUGACGAGCGCGCCGCGGCGCCCAGCGCCGACGCUUUCCAGGACUUGUCGGCGCUCAUGGCGCAGGCCAAGCAGCUUGUAGAGGUAGCCGCCAACAUGCGCACUCAGCUGGAGCGGCGCGAGCGCAGCUUGGCCCAGGAUGGGCGUGCGUCGCAGGACGAGGCGGGCUCAAUGCUCCAGUCCGCACUCGUGCGUAUUGGCCUCGCAGCGCCGGCAGUGACGCCGGAUAUGGUGCGCGACGAAGAAGAGUACCACCGCGAGCUGGCGCUGGAGCUGGCGCAGGUUUUGCUGGGCGAUGCACGUGCGCCGGGGCUGAUGGGCGCGGCCGAGGAGCAGGGCGCGGGCGUGGUGGCGCUGGACGAGGUGUGGGGAGUAUGGAAUCGCUUGCGUGGGAUCGCGCUGGUAUCGCCAAAGGUGAUGCGUGCGGCAGUGGCGUACCUUCCGCACGUAGCACGGCCGAGCAUUCAGGUGCGUGUGCUGGGCUCGGGCCUCGCUGUAUUGCACACCGCACGCUUUGAGGACGGCGCGUUUGAGGCGCGGCUUUUGGCGUACGCUGCCGCGCUGAAUGAAGACGUGCCUGUGCCGCAGUACGGGCUUACUACCAUGUCGAUCGCAGAGCGCGAGCGUAUCCCAAUGGCGCUCUGCUUGGAGCUGCUGCAUGGGAUCGAGCGACGUGGCGCAAUUGCGCGCGAUGUGUGCGGGACGCAGGAUACACGAUGGUUUAGCAAUAGGAUCAUGGAGAGUGUUUAG